ACAGCGCUCUUAUACCUACGUAUGUCCUACCUAACGAAGAAGAGGUGUCCACGUGUUUACUAACAGCAGGUAUUCCGUGUUUAAAUUAUUUCACAUUUGGAUCUUUAAUUGAAAUAAAAAAAGAAGAUGCCAAAGGUUAAAGCGGAGAAGAAAAGCAGGCAGCACCAAGAAGUCAAAAAUCAAGGGAUCAUGUUCAACACUGGCAUUGGUCAGUACAUCCUGAAGAAUCCACUGGUGGUCAAUGGGAUCAUUGAGAAGGCAGCUUUGAGACCGACAGAUGUGGUUCUGGAGGUGGGACCUGGAACGGGUAACAUGACAGUGAAGCUGCUGGAGAAAGCCAAAAAGGUAGUAGCCUGCGAGCUGGACUGCCGCUUAGUGGCUGAACUUCAGAAAAGAGUACAGUGCACUGUGUGUGUAUGCUCCUCAACAGUACCCAUGCAGAACAAACUUCAGAUAUUAGUUGGGGAUGUCCUAAAAACUGAUCUGCCCUUUUUUGACAUUUGUGUGGCAAAUUUACCUUUCCAGAUUUCAUCACCUUUUGUCUAGCUCUUGCUGCACCGACCUUUCUUCAGGUGUGCUGUCUUGAUGUUCCAGAGGGAGUUUGCCAUGCGGCUGGUUGCCAAACCUGGAGACAAGCUGUACUGUAGACUCUCUAUCAACAAACUGCUGGCUCGCGUGGACCAUCUAAUGAAAGUAGGAAAAAAUAAUUUCCGACCUCCUCCUAAAGUGGAGUCGAGUGUUGUCAGGAUUGAACCAAAAAAUCCUCCUCCUCCAGUGAACUUCCAGGAGUGGGACGGCCUGGUCAGAAUAGCCUUUGUGAUGGAAAAAUAA